ACACCCAACCUUAACCUCACAAGGUCAGUUUUUAAUUAUUAGAUUAAAACAGACCAAAGUUACACUUGUUAAACUAACGAAGGUGUUUUUUUCCACCAUGACUACUGCCGGAAAGGUAAUUUUUUGCAAAGCUGCAGUUGCUUGGGGCCCCCGAGAAGACCUAAAACUCGAAACCAUCGAAGUGGCCCCUCCUAAGAGUCACGAAGUCCGAAUUAAAAUUAUUUACAGUGCAGUUUGUCAUACAGAUGCUUACACCCUCAGUGGCCAAGAUCCCGAGGGAUUAUUCCCUGUCAUCUUAGGCCACGAGGGCGGUGGAAUUGUGGAAAGUGUGGGAGAGGGAGUUACAAACGUUCAGCCAGGUGACCAUGUCAUUCCGUUAUACAUUCCCCAAUGUGGCGAAUGCAAAUUUUGCAAGUCGCCCAAAACCAACUUGUGCCAAAAAAUCAGGGUGACACAGGGACAAGGGGUGAUGCCCGAUGGUACCAGUAGAUUCACGUGCAAUGGUAAAAAAGUGUACCAUUUUAUGGGUUGCUCCACCUUUAGCGAGUAUACCGUUGUUGCCGACAUCUCAGUUGCUAAAGUGAAUCCCAAUGCCGAACUUGACAAAAUUUGUCUGUUGGGUUGUGGCGUCCCAACUGGAUAUGGAGCAGCCUUAAAUACCGCCAAAGUUGAAAAAGGGAGCACCUGCGCGGUUUGGGGCUUGGGGGCUGUGGGCCUUGCCGUCGGGAUUGGAUGCAAGGCUGCGGGGGCGUCCAAAAUCAUCGGAGUCGAUGUCAAUCCAGACAAAUUCAAAAUUGCCAAAGACUUCGGCUUCACCGACUUCGUGAACCCCAAAGACUACGAAAAGCCGAUUCAGGAAGUGUUGGCUGAAAAGACAGACGGUGGUCUCGACUUCACUUUCGAAUGUGUUGGGAAUGUUCAGACUAUGAGAGCAGCGUUGGAGUCAUGUCACAAGGGUUGGGGGGUCUCCACAAUUGUGGGGGUUGCUGGUGCAGGGCAAGAAAUAAGCACUAGACCUUUCCAGCUCGUAACAGGGAGGGUGUGGAAAGGAACGGCUUUUGGAGGGUGGAAAAGCCGCGAUAGUGUUCCGAAACUAGUUGAGGAAUAUUGCCAUAAACCUCAAAUCAUGCCGCUUGACAAGUUUAUCACGCAUAAUUUGAAAUUUGGUCAAAUUAACGAAGCGUUCCAUCUUAUGCACAAAGGGGAAAGUAUUCGAACUGUUGUUGCAAUUGCUGGAAGUGCGUAAAGUAAACACAUUGUCAAUACGAAAAUAUUUUAAUUAAUAAAAAUGGAAAAAUUAA